AAGAGAUUGACGGCUGCUGAAUGGAUUCCACAGAUCGUGGUGGAAGACCCAGAUGUUUCAAAGCUGGCCAAACUUCACAAAGGAGCUGAGUCUAUUGGACGGGACUCCGAUUAUCAAGCCGGUCUACUCAAACCGAGACCUCAACAGCUUGGAUGAACUGCAGCAACACCUCUUUCCGGUGAGCUCAGACAGGGUAAUGUUCAUCCCUCAAUCUCUUUGCAACGAGUUAUUCUCUGAAAACCCCAAACUGAAAGACUUGAUAAAAAGCAAAAUCCCCUCAUCAGCUCAGGGGACGCUGAUGUUUUCCAGAAGCUGGACUGUGGACGUUGGCUUGCCCAAGAACCCGGCGAUUAUAUGUGACACCCUCCUGAUCACUGCAGGAAGCCACCCCUAUCUUUUCACUGUACUUGUCUCCUCCUCGGAAGCAUACGGACAUGUAAGACACACAGCCCGGCUGUUGAAGCACAAGCUGGUCAACGUUGGGGGAUACUCUGAGAAGAUCUGUGUGAUCCCAUGGAUCCUGUGUCUGUCUGAUGAUGCCGGCUCAGAAUACCCCCAAACCUACAAGUUAAAGCAAGAGCACCUCCCCAGUUUGCGGAAGUCACUUAUCGUUUUGCUCAGUUUCACCUCUUUCUUAAGCGACCAGGUUGGGGUUGCGUUUCUGAACCUCUUGACCCUUGAGCAGUACGAAAAGCUUUCUGAGAACCUGAAGAAGACCCUGCACCAGUUCAUCUAUGGCCUGCCCGGGAGUGGGAAGACCAUUGUGACCUUGAAGAUCAUGGAGAAAAUCAAGAACGUUUUCAACUGCCAGCCCCACGAGAUCCUCUACAUUUGCGAAAAUGCGCCACUACGGGACUUCGUGGGGAAGAAAAUGUCCAGAGCUGUGACCAGAUCUGUUUUCAUGACGGAAGAAUUCCCAGACAUCAGGCACAUAGUUGUGGAUGAAGCUCAGAAUUUCUGUGUAGAAGACGGCGGGUGGUACGAGAAAGCUAGCCAGAUGUUCAGCCUCGAUGGUACUUCUCCUAGGAUCUUCUGGAUUUUUAUGGACUAUUGGCAACUGAGCCACCGUUAUGUGACUGGUCUCCCACCUCUCCAUGCCCAGUAUCCUCAGGACCACCUCACCACUGGAGUCCGGAACGCUGCUGAGAUCUAUAAAAUCACGGAUGGAGAGAGGAAAAGGAUUGUAGAAAAUACCAAACUGCAAAUUCCUCACCAGAAAUUCAGAAGGCUGCUAAGCGAAGCCAGCUGUGGCCACCCCAUGGCAGGUUUCUGUGAGACAAAGCAAGGUCUGAGGAGAGGAGAAAUGGCAAAUUAUGUGGCUGAGCAAUGUUGGAAAUAUCUGAGAAGGGGCUACUCCAAGAAAGAUAUUUCCAUUCUCUGCAGCACAAAAGAAACCACGGCAGCCUUUCGAAGCGUCUUAGUCCAGGAGAUGAGAAAGUUCCGUCUGGAUCCCUGGUUUGUGAAAGCCAAUGAGAUCCUCCUGGAUGAGAUUGUCCUCGACAGCAUUCGCCGUUUUUCCGGCCUGGAGCGGCCCAUCGUCUUUGGGAUUAAUCCAGUCCCUGCCCACGAGGAAGUUUCACACAAUCUCCUGCUCUGCGUGGCCUCGAGAGCGAAUCAGCGUCUUCAUUUACUGUAUCAGGGGUUCCCAAGAGGGGUAUUUGAAGGGCUUCCAGGGGCUGCAUUAUUUGUUCCCUCUCUGAGGAUCACCAGCUGGAAGCCGAUGUGUCCACUGCAGAAGGGGAGGGAGAAGACCCUCCUUCUCUGCUCCUGAUUGGCUGCCUACAUGCUGAAGCUCAGUGGUCGGGAUGUGCCCGAAUCAUUUCUGGC